AUGGUAAUAGUACAAUUACUAAACACCUUCACUCUACUAACCAUACUUAUUCUUCUCACCCCAAUUAUUUUAUCACCCUUACUAAACCUCAAAAAUUCCCCUCAAUUAAUCUCCAAAACCGUUAAAACUGCCUUCCUACUCAGCCUUAUCCCAACAACUAUCUUCAUUCACUCCGGCCUAGAAAGUAUUAUUACCUACUGAGAAUGACAACCAACCCAAAACUUCAAAAUUCCAAUCUCUCUAAAGACGGACCUAUACUCCAUAAUAUUCCUCCCCAUUGCACUAUUCGUAACAUGAUCAAUCCUAGAGUUCGCCACAUGAUACAUAGCCUCAGAACCACUCACCACAAAAUUCUUUACCCUUCUACUCAUCUUCCUCAUCGCCAUAUUAACCCUUACCAUCGCAAACAACAUAUUUCUCUUAUUUAUUGGGUGGGAGGGAGUAGGAAUCAUAUCAUUCCUCCUCAUCGGCUGGUGACAGGGACGGGCUGAAGCCAACACAGCCGCACUACAAGCUAUAAUCUACAACCGAAUCGGAGAUAUUGGCCUUAUCCUAAGCAUAGCAUGACUAGCCUCAACACUAAAUACUUGAGAAAUCCAACAAGCAAUCCAACCAGACCAAACACCUACUCUUCCCCUUCUAGGUUUAAUUCUUGCUGCCACAGGAAAAUCAGCUCAAUUCGGCCUUCACCCAUGACUCCCAGCAGCAAUAGAAGGUCCUACCCCAGUCUCCGCCCUACUCCACUCCAGCACUAUAGUAGUAGCCGGAAUCUUCCUGCUUAUUCGAACCCACCCAAUCCUCUCCUCCAACAAGACAGCCCUAACUACAUGCCUAUGCUUAGGCGCCCUAUCCACACUAUUCGCUGCCAUCUGUGCCCUCACCCAGAACGAUAUUAAAAAAAUCAUUGCCUUCUCUACCUCAAGCCAAUUAGGCCUUAUAAUAGUCACAAUUGGUCUUAAUCUCCCCCAACUAGCUUUCCUCCACAUUUCAACUCAUGCCUUCUUCAAAGCCAUACUAUUCCUAUGCUCUGGCCUAAUCAUUCACAGCCUAAAUGGAGAACAAGACAUCCGCAAAAUAGGCCGCCUACAAAAAACUCUCCCAAUAACCACCUCCUGCCUAACCAUCGGCAAUCUUGCUUUAAUAGGCACACCAUUCCUGGCGGGCUUUUACUCCAAAGACCUAAUUAUCGAAAAUCUAAACACCUCAUACAUCAACACCUGAGCCCUUCUCCUAACACUACUUGCUACAUCCUUUACCGCAACCUAUAGCCUCCGCAUGACACUGCUAGUCCAAACAGGAUACAACCGAACCCUAACAAUCUUACCAAUCAACGAGAACACACCAUCGGCCAUCCUACCAGUCAUCCGACUAGCUCUCGGCAGCAUUGCAGCAGGAUUACUAAUCUCAUCUCUUAUCCUCCCUACAAAAACACCCCCAAUAACCAUACCUAUUAUCACAAAGACAGCUGCUAUCAUUAUUACAACCCUAGGAAUCAUCCUAGCCUUAGAGCUCUCGAACAUAACCCACUCUCUAACCCCCUCAAAACAAAACCACCUCACAAACUUCUCCUCCUCACUCGGCUACUUCAACCUCCUAACCCAUCGGAUCAGCCCUGCAAUCUCCCUACACACUGGGCAAAAAAUUGCCUCUCACCUAAUCGACAUAGCAUGAUAUAAAAAAAUAGGCCCCGAGGGCCUCGCUAACCUUCAACUAAUCAUAAGCAAAACCUCAACCACACUCCACACAGGCUUGAUCAAACCAUAUCUAGGAUCUUUUGCCCUGACAAUCCUCAUAACAAUCCUACUCAUCCAAAAAUAA